GGUGGUGGUAGUGAUGGUGGUGGCGGUGGCGGUGGUAGUGGUGGUGGCGGCGGCGGCGGUGGUGGUGGUGGUGGUGGUGAUGGCGGUGAUCGUGGCAAUGUGUCUUCUCGGUGGUGGUUCGAUCAACUUAUCAACGUGGCGUACCUACCGAAUUUGCAUGCUGUGGCCUUCCAAAUUCGAUUGAACAAGAAGGUGGAACGAUUCUCCUUCACCUCGGAGGAUCCAAAUUCUCUCUUCUCCUCCAUCGCCUCGGCUAUAAGUCGAGCAAGAUCAAAAACUCCACAAGGCCAAAUUAUUGAUCAACUGGGUGGACGAGUGAACGUCGUUGACGCCGAAACAAAUAGUGUUGGAGAACUGGACCUCAGUUUCGAUGGUUUUCGUCUCACUUUUGGCGGCAAAUCGCAACUCAUUCCCCUCGAUCAAAUCAAAAGCUGUAGCAUCAAGAAGGAGGACACCUUUUCCUUUGUCAUUCAUGAUUAUGGCCACGACGACAUCGUGCGCACUCUCAAGACGGAUUUGGCAAGCAUACUGCUUAAUCAAUGGCAGCGUCUAAUCGCCUUGAAGACUGCCAAUGAUCCACGCAAAGUGAAGAGUGGUUUCACAUCACCCAAAUUUAUGCGAUCCAGGACAUCUUCAAUCAGCAAUCUCGACGUUUUCAAUCGAUAG